AUGAAUAAAAAAUAUACUUCUUUUAACUUGAAUCCAAAAGUUCUAGAUGAUAAGGAUGAAAUAAGUUUUGGAACAUCUUUUAUCGAUAUUAUUAUGAAUUAAAGUACUUUUGAUAAUUUAACCUCGUUCCUGGAUACUGGCUCACUAAUUAAUUUUCAAUUAAGCUCUAAAGUUUUUAAAAUAAGAAGAUGGAAAAAAUAUUUUAAGAAAGUCAUUUUUUCAAGAUUGCAUUAACCUUUAGAGCAUAAAUUAAUUUCUUUGUUUAUUAUAGAUUAGAAAUGUUAAUAAUUUAUCUAUUGGGAUUAUGUGGUCGACUUUAAAAGAUUAAAUUUAUAAUACUCUCAUUAAUAUAAAUACUAUUCUUGUUAAUAAUCAAAUGAAGCUACAAAUAUAUAAAAAGAUAUUGAUAGAACAUUUUCAUAGCAUCAAUAUUUCAAAUAAAUUCAUAACAGAUAGAGAUUAUAAAGAAUAUUGAUUGCAUUGUCUAAAAUCUAUGAACAAUUAGGUUAUGUACAAGGAUUGAAUUAAAUAGCAGGGUGCUUUUUAAUCAGUGGUUUAAGUGAAUAAUAAACCUUUUGGAUCAUGUAUUAUAUUUUGAAAAAAAUGAAAUAUGCUAUUAUAUUCCUUGAUUAGUUUAGUUAAUUAAAAUUCCUAAAUUUUGUUGUUGCAGUAUUUCUAAAAAAUUAUGUUCCAAAUUUAUCUGCAUAUUUUGUAAAAAUCUAUUCAAUUAUUUAGUUAUUAAACAAAAUUGAUAUAGGAAUUAUUACUACUAGAUGGUUUCUUGUAAUCUUUGGUUAUGAUUUCCCAUAAAAUUUAGUAUUAAUUCAUGAUUUAAAUAGUUAUUAUAAGUUUGGAAUUUAUUUUUGUAAAAAGGAAUUAAGGUUUUGAUAAAAAUUUCGAUUGCAAUCUUUAGACUGAUAUCAGAUUUCGACAAUAUAGAAGAUUUAUAUGAAAUGAUAAAGGAUGAAUUAUACGAUCUUUUAGAUUCCAACAUUUAUUUACAAUCUAAAUUGAUUGAAUACUUUAAAACUUUUAAAAUAACUAAUCGUUUAAUAAACGAAUUGAAAACUAAAUUUGAGACAGAUGAUGAAUCUCUGACUUUAUAAUUUGAUUAAAUUUAGAAAAAACAUUAUUGGAGAAAAGGCGGAGAUAGUGCAAGAAGUUUAAUAACCUCUUUUAAUGAAAUUAUAAGUGAGAUUUAAGAAGAAAGAGAUAGUUUCUAUUAAAAAUCUUAAUCUUUUUUAAAUGUUUGUUUUCCAAAAUUAAUAAAUUCAAAUUACUUAAAUGCUUUAGAAACCAAAAAGAGUCUAUCAAUAAAAAUAGAACAUAAGCCCUCAUUAAUUAAGAGAUAAAUUUUUUCACAAUAAUUCAUGAUGUCUAUACCAUAAUCUGCAAAUGGAGAUUAAGUAUGAAAUUUUACUAUAAGGAAUCUAAUAUUUACGCUGAUGAAUUAUAAAGCAAAAUGAGUUCUUAUGAUUAUGAUAGCGAUGACUUAUUCGAAAGAAAUAAACAAGAUUUAAUAAGAAACUUAAAAAAAUAUAAUUGA